GGAAGCUGCACUUUAAUACAGAGACACACCGGCAGGCAGGUCAGAGGAAGGAGGAUUCCUGUCACGAGGUGGAACGGUGUCUCACAGCAUGGGGAAGAGGCGCUGCAUAUCAACCACGGAAAACAAGCCAUCCUCAGGAUGCUGUGGAGUAAAGAAACCCAAACUAUGCCCUUCUUCUGGCAGUAUCCAGCCUUCUGUGACAAAUAACUGCCAGCCUCCUGAAGACAAGACAGGGGGUCCAGGUGCCCUCGCCCCACUCUCCCGGCCCAACGGGACUGCAAGUGUCAGAGAGCAGUCGGUGGUGACGGCUGAAAUGGGCUGCUACUGCUUUGAUGUCCUCUAUUGUCACCUACAUGGCUUCCCACAGCCACGCCUACCACGUUUCACUAAUGACCCUUAUCCUUUGUUUGUUACGUGGAAGGCCGGACGCGACAAACGUCUUCGAGGCUGUAUUGGGACCUUCUCUGCCAUGAAUCUUCACUCAGGACUCAGGGAAUACACCCUAACCAGUGCCCUUAAGGACAGCCGUUUCCCACCACUUACUUGUGAGGAACUGCCUAAACUGUCCUGCUCUGUGUCACUUCUCACCAACUUUGAGGAUGUGGGGGACUUUAUGGACUGGGAGGUUGGAGUGCAUGGUAUCCGCAUCGAGUUCCUUAAUGAGAAGGGAAUAAAACGCACAGCCACCUACCUGCCUGAAGUAGCCAAGGAACAAGACUGGGAUCAGAUCCAGACAAUAGACUCUCUGCUCAGGAAAGGUGGCUUCAAGGCACCCAUCACCACUGAGUUUAGGAAAACUAUCAAACUCACAAGGUACCGUAGUGAGAAGAUGACAAUCAGCUAUACAGAAUAUAUGGCCUCUCGCCAGCCGGUACAGCAAAAUGGCACAGUGCAUGCACCUCCUCUGUAUACACAUUACUCCUGACACAGCGCCGCCCCCAUCACAAUCCUGCCCCUCGCUCGCCGGCAACGCCUGUGACCUUCUCACAUCUGACUCCUCGUCUGCUCCCUCCUCUUGGUCCAGUUACUUGUACUACUGCACCAUCUUAUAAGCUUCACUGGAGGGCAGGGAGCAGCACCCAGAGUCUCGCAGACACACACAGCCUUACCUCACCCCCGCGCUCUCCAUGGAACUUUUCGUAGAAGGGAGAGCAAACAGGGGUGUCACGGCCUCCUCCAACCACUACGGUAAAAGAGGUUAGCCACCCUGAAAAAGCACUUUUAGGUUUUUACAUUCUUAUUGUUAUAAUUUUUUUUAUAUACUUAUAUAGUCCUGCUUUAUGGAAUUAGCUCUUCUGCAAGUCUUCAGCUGGCUUGGAUAUGGACUAAAGAGACAGCAGGAUCAGCAAGGUGCUGUAAGUUACACACACACAGAAGUUCAUUCAAAUUAAAUAGUUGUGUAGGUUUGCCAUUUGCUUAAAUAUACUAUUAGGACUGGAGUUUUUGUGCGGUUUUGAAGUCAUGUAACAAAAACAAGGCUCUUCCUCUGCUAAGUUCCUUACUUACUAUUUUUCUCUCCCACAUAUAUCUUUUAUUGGGGGAGGGGUUUCGAAAGCUAUGAUGGGGCGCAAAUGUGAGGAAUGGAAUGGAUAGUGUCUAACUAAACUCUGUAUGUGCCAUUGGUAUAUACCCUGUUGCAUUUUUCUUGCUUGAGGACUAUUCACAAACCAUUACUUACAGAUCUAUUGUUUACAGUGUUACUGGUUUUCUUUUCUACCUCCACUCCAUGUGUUAAAUAAGGAGCAUAUAGGCCUAGUACAAAGGUACCAUUCCUUAAAUAGAGUUCUGACAUUUGGGGCUCGUGCACCAUGAAGGCGCAAGCCCCUUCCUUUGGGGUAAGGUAACUGUCACUAUAAAAUAGUAAGCAUCUCCCAUUAUAUACAUCAGUUUACUAAAUAGUAUGACAUGAUGUAGAUAUGUUUGGAGCAACAGCUCUAGUAAAGUGCAAGUACAUGUGGCAGAUACAGCAGGGUGCCCAUAAUCCUGUGCCGUAGCUGUAUCUGAUGGCAUUAAACUGAAAUAGUUUAUAUAGGAUUACCACUCUGUUAAAUAUACUAUUGUAAAGGACAUUUUUGCACGGUUUUUAAAGUUAAGUGAGAAAACAUGGCACUUUCUUUGCUAAAUUCCUAGUUUAUUACUUUUGUCUUUCCCACCCAUCUUAUGUUUCUGUAAGCUCUGACGGUGCAAAAGUGUGAGGAAUGGAAUGGACAUCACUUGCUAAGUAUGCACAGUCGAAAAAUUCCCAGUGAACUCUACAUAUGCCAUUGGGAUAUACCUUGUUGCAUAAACCAUUACUUCUUUUUCUUGCUUGAGCACUAUUAAGAAUCCAUUACUCAGAGAUCUAUUGUUUACAGUGUUAUUGGAUUUCUUUUCUACCUCUCCACUCCAUGUGAUGAAUGGGGAGCAUACAAGCCUACUGAAAGCUGUUUACAAAGGUACCAUUCCUUAAAUACAGUACUGACAGUUGGGGCACUGACACCUGGAACAUGUAAGCUCUUUCCUAUGAGGUUAGGUAACUGUCCCCAUCUCACACUAUAAGACAGAUAAUAGGCAUCUGCCAUUAUAUAUACACCACAGUUUACUACAUAGUAUGAUAUGAUUAUGCCUGUAGAUAUUAUAUUUGGAGAGGCAAUUGUAUGGGAGAGAACAGGGAAAUAGUGAGGUUUUUGCACAUUACGUCAGGCUUCCCUGUUGCCAGCUCAGCCUUUAUUCUUUUUCAGAUAGCAUAUUUAAAGGGACAGGAAAAAGUGUUGGAAUGACAAUAUAAUGUAGUUGGCCUGCACUGGUAAAACUGGUGUGUUUGCUUCAGCAACUCUACUAUAGUUUAUAUAAACAAGCUGCUGUGUAGCCAUUUAAGCCCAGGAUACACAGUAGAUAAGACGUUCUGAAGAAUCCCAUUGUAUACUACAGAGCUUAUCUGUUAUCUAUUGUGUAUCCUGUGCCUUUUCUCCUGUUUCACCUUUGCAUGGCUGCCCCAUGACUACACAGCAGCUUAUUUAUAUAAACUGUUGAACAGUUUCUGAAGCAGAUACACCGGUUUUACCAGUGCAGGGCAACAGUACAUUAAAUUGUCAUUCAUUAAAAACGCUUUAAUUUUUUGAUGUUACUGUUCCUUUAAUGUGCUAAUGAACCAUCUGAGAGAGAGAGGGUAAAGAUACCCUUUACACAAACCUUCACUUCCUCUGAGAAAAUCAAAAAGAUUGUUUUCCUUUCCAUGCUGCUGAAAAUAAAUUUGAAAUGAUUUAAUCUGG